AUGGGGAAGAAGAAGAAGCGCGUCGACAAGGUCUUCUGCUACUACUGCGACCGCGAGUUCGACGACGAGAAGAUCCUCGUCCAGCACCAGAAGGCCAAGCACUUCAAGUGCCACGUCUGCCACAAGAAGCUCUCCACCGCCUCGGGCAUGUCCAUACAUGUCCUCCAGGUCCACAAGGAGUCCGUGACCAAGGUUCCUAAUGCAAAGCCUGAUAGGGAAUCUACAGAGAUAGAGAUAUUUGGAAUGCAGGGAAUUCCUGCACAUGUAUUGGCUGCUCAUUACGGAGAGGAGGAGGAUCCUUCAGCAAAGGUAGCCAAAGUAGAAGUGCCACAGGUAAGGCCUGUUAUUAUGCCUAAUUCGCUAGGCAUGGCAUUUCCUCCGCGACCAGCUUAUGGUGUGGCACCGCCAAUCUAUAAUCCUGCACUUAAUCCUUUGAUGGCUCGGCCUCCAAUUUGGCCUGGUCCACCAGCACAAGCUUGGUAUCCGCAACAACCAGCAUAUCCACAACAACCAGCAGUUUCAGUUGCUCCAGUGGUUGCUGGGCUCCCGCCACAGCAGCCACUAUUUCCUAUUCAGAAUGUGCCUACUCCUAUGACAUCAGCACCUGUUAAUGUACUUCAAACAUCGUUUCCUAUGGCCCCUCCAGGAGUACCUUCACCUGUUGCUCCUCAGGUUUCCCAGCCUUUGUUUCCUGUUAACACUUCAGCUGUCAAUGGAGCUGCAAAUUCCCCAUUUUUAGCAUCUGUGGCACCUGGAACCAUCCCGACAAGUUCUCCAGCAGCAGUUGGUGCUGCAGGAAUUGGAUAUGGAGCCAACAACCAAGGCACUGGAGGUCCAGCAGUUGGAUCUGCACCUGCAGUGUCCAACAAUAAGGCGUCCGGUGCCCAACCAGCUACGAAUGAGGUCUAUCUGGUGUGGGAUGAUGAAGCAAUGUCAAUGGAGGAAAGAAGGUUGGCGUUACCCAAGUAUCAGGUGCAUGAUGAAACUAGCCAGUUUCUCAAACAGAAGGGGGUUCAAUCGCUCAAUCUGCAGUUGCUGAGCAAUAGUGAGAUGAUAUUUUGA